AGUAGGCGAGUGGUGCAACAAUUCCCGGCUUGGCGGCAGCGCAGGCAACCACAGCGAGGAGGACGGCAGCGAAGAACUUGAACAUAUUUGUUUUAUUUGUUGGUUGACUUGUCGUUGAAACGAAUUGUAACUGAUGCUCAACCGAGUGCCGAGCCAUAGCUUAUAUACGCAAAUUGGUAAGACCUUGCGCGACGUAUUCUCUUGGCCAAUUGUCAGGCAGCGCACGUAGCCAGCCCAAUUGGCAGUUAUAUGCGUAAGUGGCUUUAACAAUACUAUGUGGUCGAGUCUUUUCGAGCUGUGUGUCUUCAGCUCCGUUUGGCUCAUUAGCUGGGCUGGCACGCAUUCUGCGCCAAGGCUCUACCUAGUAUUAGCCAGCUGCCUGGCUAGCUGCCUGUCUAGCUGUAUAAAAGCCCCAACGCGAACAGCUUUAAUCAUCAGUUCAGUUUAGUUACUUCUACAAGCAGCUCAAGCCCUACAACCAAAUCCAUCAAGAUGUUCAAGUUUGUUGUCCUCGCCGUGCUCGCUCUGGUUGCCUGCGUCGCUGCCAAACCCGGAAUUCUGGCCUACUCGUCGCCCUAUGUGGCAUCGCCGUAUGUGGCAUCUCCAUAUGUGGCCUCCUCGUACGUAUCGUCGCCCUAUGUGGCAUCGCCAUAUGUUGCCUCACCUUAUGUGGCAUCACCGUACAUCGCCUCGCCCUAUGCUGCCGCCUACAGUGCAGCUCCUCUGCUGCUCCGGAAGUAGAUAAAUCCCGCCGGCAAAUAUCAAAUAUAUCUCUGCGUCUCUCUCUCUGUCUGCGAAAACUGAAUAUAA